AUGGCAGCCCAGGAUGCAGAGCGAAAAGGCUGUUGUUGCUGUUGUGGGCUGCGUGGCUCCCAAAGGAGAAAUCGAUGGAUUCAGAGAAGGCUACGGUCUUAUCAGCCGGUGCCCAGCCCAGGUGUGGUCCUCACAAUCUACAUCGUAGCUGGCUGCUGCUUCCUAGUGCUAGGAGUCGUGUUGCAUUUCACUAACCAGGGUGUCGUUGAGUUAUUUCACGACUACACGGACGACCCGGUCGACCCCUCAAACGGCGUAGUUUCGUUUGAAAUCGAAGUGGACAGCGACAUGAGUGCACCCAUAUGGGUCUAUUAUCAGCUGUCUGGCUUUCACCAGAAUCACCGGAUGUACGUCGAAAAUCGGGACGACACUCAGCUGAUGGAUCCUGAGCUUGCCAGUAGCAAGGUGGCUCCUCAGGUGUGCGUUCCCCGCGCAGAGACGGAUGGCCGCACGAACUACCCGUGCGGAUUGGUUGCAUGGACAGUCUUCAAUGACAGCUUUGUGAUUGCAGAGAAAACUGCAACUUCUGAGUCACGGUUAGAGGUUGACAGCUCUGCAAAAUCCAUUGCUUGGGCUGGCGAUAUAGCGCGCUUCAGCAACCUGGAUCCUGAGGCCGAGAAUCCACGCAGGCCGGGCUUGCAAAACCAGCAUGCCCUCAACAUGUGGAUGUUGAGCUACUUCCCACCUGUGGAGUGUUACCAGGUUCACUUGGGGCCAGACAAGCCGUUUGCCCCCAUAGAGGUAGCAACCAGGAUCGAUGAUGCAGACGGGUCCCCAAGGGAAGUUCCCGACUGCCAGGGCUACGUGACAGGUGCUGCUUCCUGCAACUUCAUCAGAGAGAAUUCGCCCUUCUCCUGUACCGGGGAUGACUACGUCAUGCGCCAGGUGAAGGAUUGGGGGAUUGCCAGCGGCCACUUCUUAGUGUGGAUGAGGACAUCCGCCCUGCCAACCUUUAGAAAGGUUUGGGGGAGAGUGGACCGAGACAUCAAGGCUGGCACCAGGCUGAAAGUCUACGUGGUGCACAGAUUCCCUGUCAAGGAGUACUACGGACGAAAGGCUUUCAUCAUGACCACCAGUUCGAUGGUCGGAGGAAGGAACCCAUUCCUUGGCAUCGCUUUUCUCGUGGUGGGCGUUGCGUGCUUUCUCUUUGCUCCGUUUUACUUCAUCAACAGCGUGCGCAAGGGGCGGUCGACAUGGGAGGUGCGACCAGCGUGA